AUGAGCGUGUUCACGUUUGUCGAACCCGCAUACAAUGUACGAGUAUCAUCUGGUUUAAUACCUUUAAAAUAUGCUUUACAUGUCAUCAACAGACAUACUAUAUCUUGGUUACAUUCUAGGUCAUUAAUGAUCUUUAGUAACAACAAAUUUCUCCUCCUUGAAAAAGAGGAAGAAGAUGAUGAUGAAGAUAGAGAGUCAUAUCUUUCAUUCAUUGUUUGA